AAAGGAAAAAAUGCUUUCAAAGCACACGAUACAGCUGAUGGUGUUUUCUUCAAUAUUAUCGCUAACAAUUGGUGAUAGUCGUUCUUGUUAUGAAUGCGACGAAGAAGUAUGGGAGGAAGUGCCUUGUUCCGAUAUAACCACAAGCCGUAUAGAAACAACCAUUGCACCAGAGACAGAAAAAACAAGCAUGCAAUUGAACAGUGUAACGGCGACAGGAACGACAGCAACUACGGUAGGUGAUCGCCAAUCGAAUGAUUCCAGUAUUGAAGUGGCAAUGUCGUCCGAUCUUAAAGCACCUACAAAGGCAUCAGACAUUAACUAUGAAAAGUGUUGCUGCGAAUGUCAUCUUAAAAAGGAGGAGUCAUUAAAACAAGCAACCGGUGUCACUGUAAAAUACGCGAACAUACCUAUUCCAAUGUCUAGAGAGCAAUUACAGGCUUUACAAUUUAAUCGACAAACUGCAAAGAAACUUUACGAAGAUACGACAAAUGUUCGUUCAUCUUACGAUUGGUUUAAUAAUAAUCCAGAAUAUAAUCCAGAAUAUAAUCCAGAAUAUAAUCCAAAUUCUUAUAAUAAUCACAAAACUGAUUUUACUUACGAAUAUGAAAUUUCUCUUCCAAUUUCACCCUACGAAUCUACGAUAAAUGCCGAAGUCUUAUACCCUUCGACACAUAACGCGCACACGGAUAACAGAAUUGGAAAUAGCUUGGGCUAUAACCAUAUGUAUCAGUACGAUCCGCGUAUACCGCAAACUUACAGACAUUCACCAUCAUAUACGGAGGCUUUCGAUUACCUUCAAUUAAAAAUGCCAUCAGAAAACAUACCUUCAGAGCACUAUUCAUGUCAAAUGGAUUAAAAAUAGCAAAAAAAAGUCCU